AUGGCCGAGACUGUAUCCCAGCUCCAGCUAAGACUGAAGGCAAAGGAGCUACAUAAGAGGUGGAAAAUACGCCCGUGGAUUCAACGUAUACCAUUGAUUCAGUUUCCAGUAUGGCUUGCAAUGAUGGAGAGUAUUCGGAGAAUGGUUGGAAUGUCCGGUGGCCUGCUAAGCAUAGUUCAGGGCUGGGUGGAGACAUUUCCCGAGGCGCCCCAAAUUGCCGUACAGCAGUCUAUGUCAAGCGAAGGUGCGCUGUGGUUUUCUGACCUCCUCGCUACAGACCCUUAUGGCAUUCUUCCCGCUCUUUUAUCGGCUGUCGUAUUCACCAACAUAUCAAUUGGAUGGAAAUCGGCAAGCGCGGAAGAGAUUUCCAACAUGCGCUUUAGGAAACAACGCAUUAAAGCUAGGGCAUUGGGCAUAUUUAAACGGACUCUACAGAUGUCAGCAUUACUGUUAUGGCCCGUGAUGACCUUUCAAGAGGUUCCUGCUGGGAUGUUGAUCUACUGGAUCUCUAGUACAAUUUUUGCUACGAUACAGACAAAAUCCUUUUCACUGCUGCUUAAAGGGGUACCAAUGCCGGCUCCACUGGAAACAAAGUUGAUCGGAGACAAAUAUGAGCCGGAAACGAAGCGCGAAACUCCUCUCGCUGAAGACAAAAGUAGAAAACUGAGGAUGAUAAAACAGAGCGGUCCCAGCAGUUAA